GCUAAAAACGAGUCGUAGCGCGCUGACGCAGGUUAGCGUUGCACGAAGGACGCCCUAGAGGGACCUCAUCUUGUAGACUUGCCCCAUACGGGAAUUACAAUUGUCUCCGACCGCCGUAGCAGCAGCGCCAGCAAAGGCUCUCCGACAGCCACCAAGAGAGCAAGCCGCGCGCGAUCGUACGCAUCCACACUCAUGGCGGCCGACGACGAGAAAACCGUGAUAAAACAACUCCUAGACGCCGACGCCGACGGCAAGCUGACCUUCGAGGACGCGAAAGCGAUCGCCGCCAAGAUGGCCGCGAGCGCCCGGAAGCGAAUCGUGACGUUACUCGACGAAGACGGCGACGGCGAGAUCUCGUGGGCCGAGAUCGAGGGCGGCGCCCGCGGCGCCUUCCACCGCUGCGAGGAGGCCGUGACGCGGGCCUGGCGCGUGCUCGAACCGCACAAGACGAAACUGCUGGCGGGCGCUGGCAUCAUUUCCUGCUUCCAUGGCGCGAAUUUCAAGUACACGAUCCUGUUUGCGGGUAGCUUCCAGACGACGGCGUGGCCGCGCGUCAGCCCUGCACUCACAGCACUGGCGUCGUCGUACAAGGCCGGCAAGCGCGAGUUCGCGGCGAACGCACCACAACUGAAAGCGGCGCGUGACACCCUGCGGCGCUGCUCGCGCGAGCUCGAGGCGUGCAAAGAUGAUGACGCGGCGCGUGCGCGCCUUAUCGCCGAGGCCGCGCACGCGGCCUUAUUGCUGCGCAAGACGAGCAGUUCGUUAUUCGCGGCCAUCGACGGGCCCAAGUUACUGGUUGUAUGCAAAGAGGCCUACCUGGGCACAUUCGCCGCGUUUGCAGCGGUACUGUCCUCGACGGCUGCGAAAGUGGGAGUAGGAAUCGGGCUCGGAACGAAGCUCGCAAACGCCGUCAACGCCGUCGUCGCGCCGGCCGUGGCGAAGAUGUUGCGCACGUUACGCGACCGCGCCCUCGCGAACAAGGACAUCCAGCAGGCACUCGAGGACAUGUCCGAGGCUGCAGGCGUCGACGACGAUGAUGUCAGAGGAUGGGUCGAGAGCGUCAUCGGUCUUUGCGCUUCAGCGCUCGGCAUCUAUGUCGCCCACCGCCUCGACGACGUCGUCUUCCUCUACGGCGCGUGCGGCGCCGGCGCAGCGCUGGCGGUGGACAAGUGCGCGGAGCUGGGCUUCUCGUUCAAGCCGCGUACUAGACACCUCGUCGUCGGCGCGCUCGCGGGUGCAGGAUUUGCCUACCAGACGACGGGCAUCGGGCCCGGCCUCCCGUUCUUCGUCCGCUGGCCGCUGCUCCCGUUCCGCGCGUCGGAGGCCUGCUUGUCGUCGUUGGCCUACGGCAUCCGCGCCGCCGACGCGCGGGCGGCGUGAGAUCACUCUCGGCCGACCGACGCGGACGACGCCGGGGCGCGCCCUGUAUAGUUGUG